UUAGCGACGAAGGACUACAAGCUGAUUGUAGCACCAAAAGAAGCGAUGGCGAUAACACAGCAGCUAGCCUAGAGCUGCAAGGGACACACCUCAGAGUGGUGUCGUCCUAUAUGGCUCACGACCAUAGUAACCCUCCCAGUGACCUCCUCCGCAGGAUUGCCAGCGAAAGCGAGAGGUCAAACACAGGCCUACUGAUAGGCUGCGACGCCAACGCUCACCAUACCCAAUGGGGAAGCUCGGACAUAAAUGUGAGGGGUGAGUCACUUUUCAGCUUCAUUCUAAACUCUAAUAUGGUCCUAUGUAAUCAGGGAAACGACCCUACCUUCAUUAUAAAGAACCGACAGGAGGUCAUAGACCUUACCCUAGUGUCCCACAACAUACUGGGAUUAGUUAAGGGCUGGAGAGUCCUAGAAGAGCACUCCUUCUCCGACCAUAGGUACAUAGAGACGAUAAUAUCUCUCGAAUGCCCAACAGCUAAUAGUUAUAUCAACCCCAGGAAAGCCAACUGGGAGAUAUAUUCCAAAACCCUGGAAGAACUUCUUCCCCCAACAGCACCAACAUGCCCCGAUACACAGGACUGCCUUAACAGUCUUGUAAAUAGAUUCACGGAGGCAUGCAACAAUGCCUUCAAGGCUGCGUGUCCCUCAAAAAAACCGAGUAGGAAGAAGAAACCCCCGUGGAGGAAGUGUUCGGGAAAACUAUCGGAUGAUAUGACGCAAGAAAAAAGUAUAUUUUUCUUAUUCCCAGCGGUUUUGGCGCACAAAAAUCACAAUCGGGAUCCGCACUAG